UUCCUAUCCCAGAGAUUUCUGUCCUUGGCAAAAAUCACAAAUUCCUUCCAUAAAAAUGGAUCGAUAUCUCUGUUUGUUUUUGUUCUUGUUUCUGACCUUGUUUGUGGAGAUGAGAGGGGGCCGAGAUGAGUGCAUGACAUCGAAUGGUUGUGGCGACCAGGGUCCACUCAUCCAGUUCCCUUUCCGUCUAAAACACCAGCCACACCACUGUGGAUAUCCGGGAUUUGAGUUAUCUUGCACUGAGAAUAAUCAGACCAUGCUAGACCUGCCAGUUUCGGUAAAGCUCUUGGUGAAGAAAAUAGUUUACAAAUCCAGGGAAAUCAUUGUCCAGGACCCGGAUAAUUGCCUUGCGAGACAGCUUCGAAACCUCAAUUUAGCUGCCUCCCCCUUCCACUUCAAAUUUGAACAGGACUUCAUCUUCUUCAAUUGUUCCUCAGACGAAACAGAAUCAUAUGGUUAUGAUCAGUCCAUCCCUUGCCUUUCUAUCCCUGGUAACCCAGUUUAUGCUGUUGAGUCCUACGAACCUGUCCAAUAUUUGGACCUAUCCUCUUGCCGCAGGCUUUACAACGCUUCAGCUCCAGGUAAUCGAGAUUAUGGGGAUUUUAUGUUCAAUGGAAGUGCAUUUUCUUUGAAGUGGUCGAAAUCAAUAUGUGGAAGCUGCCCAGAAGGAGGAAAAAUAUGCAGACUGAAGAAAGUAAUAGCAGGGAACAGAAACUGA